AUGAAACUGCCCCAGGGGGCCAAGUACUCUGUGUUCUAUGCGCAGCACCCAGAGAAGAAGGAGCAGUUGUCGUCAUGGCAGGAGAUCAAGCAGACCCCUGUCAUCAUGGCCAUGCUCAAAGGUCCAGGGCCCGCCAAGUACCUGCGGCCAUCCUGCACGGGCUACAUAGAGCACGACAGCUCCGUGUUCCAGGAGCCGGCUUACACCCUGCACACCCGGCACUCGGAGAAGCGGAUCACCGACGUAUGCAGCCCUGGGCCUUGCUACUUCUUGGAUCCCAAAAUAACCCGGUUUGGAAUGUCCAGCUGCCCACAGGUCCCCAAUGAGGAGCGUGUUGCCAACCAGCGCCUGAGCCCCACCCUGGCCCCGUGCCACUACUGCUUUGAGAAGAUCCCCCCACCUUUGGAACGCAAGGCUCCCCGGCACACUUUCGGCUACCGAUGCCCAUACAGAGUGAUGGACCCCAACCCGGCCCCCAACCAGUACCAGCUGCCAUCCUUGCUGGGGCCCAACAACCCCGUCAGCCGAGCUGCCCCCUGCUAUAGUCUGGCCUCCCCGGACAAGUACUGGUUCUAUAAGGAGGAUGUGGCAGGAGGCCCCGGACCUGCCAUGCACGCCCGGCCUGAGCCGUCCGUCUACCAGAACCGCAGUCCCGUCUACAGCAUGGCCAAGCGCUUCGGCUACCCACUGGACCACACGCCUCGGCCGGGCCCUGGCUCCCACGAGGUCCAGCAGGUCACGGUGCACAAGCCCCGCCCGCCAGCUUUCACCAUGGGCGUCAAGCACUCACCCCACCUGUGCCCCCUGGUCGUUGACAUUCGUGACUGAGGCCCCUCCUGGUGCACUAACCACGCACUAACCACUCCCCUCAACCCCAGAAAUUAUUUUUCUAUACA